GGGUGAGAUUGAGAUGGAUUGGACAUGUGCAGAGGGGGGACAUUGGGUACAUCGGUAUGGAUGGAGCCACCAGAAGGAGGAAAAGAGGAAGGCCAAGGAGGAGGUUUAUGAAUGUGGUGAGGGAAGACAUGCAGGUAGUUGGGUUGAAAGAGGCAGAUGUAGAGGACUGGGGGGUAUGAAGACAUGAUCCGCUGUGGCGACAUCUAAUGGGAGCAGCCGAAAGAAGAAGAAGAAGACUGUAUAACCAGAACAUUAGCGACCUCUCGAGGACAUAACGAUACUACAGCCUUUUAUUUCGCACAUACAGAACGUCAAAUCUAAUACAUUGCAUCAUUAUUGGAAAGAAAAACAAUUUCCAUAAAAUAUUGAAAUUAAACGAUCUAAAAUGGAUAAUAAAAUUGAGCAUCCUAUAAGCAGCCUUAUCACUGGGCAGAGUGCUUAGAAACAGCAUUCAGAAAAUCUUUAGUUUAGAUUUUCUAUUCAUAAGACUUAAUACAUACAGUUCAACAUACUACUACUCUCUGCUAUCCAAUCAAUAACAAUGUAGAAAAAAAUUAUCGGAUUACCCUACAUUUUAAAAUACAAAUAUUUAAAGAUUUUAAUUCUUAAAACCCAGUGCAUGUUGCUGCUGCUUCUAUGGACGUGUCCUGUACAGUAAGGUGACGUCACGGGCCAGGUCACGUGACCCGCCCGCUUACAGUAAGUACCCAAUAUGGCAGAAAAGGCAGGACUCGCAGCGUAGCCGAAGCAACAUUUCCAUCUUAACAGCGGCACACUGGCGCGUUAGGUCAAUUACCGGGGAGCCGACCGCCGACAUGAGGGAGAGACAAAAGAAGAAAAAAGGGAGGACCUGGGCAGAGGCCGCGAAAACGGUGCUUGAGAAGUACCCGAACACACCAAUGAGUCAUAAAGAGAUCCUGCAGGUGAUUCAGCGAGAGCGACUCAAGGAAAUAAGAAGUGGGACAUCCCCCCUCGCCUGCCUCAACGCCAUGCUCCACACCAACUCCCGCGGUGAGGAAGGGAUUUUCUACAAAGUCCCUGGUCGAAUGGGAGUCUAUACAUUGAAGAAGGACAUUGCGGAUGUGGUGAAGGAGCUAUCUGAGGAGGCUUCUGAAGACAGCAGUGAUAACUUGUCUGACGCACGGAACACAGAAAACAACAGCAGUGGCAGCAGUAAAGAGGGCAGUAGAGGAAGGUGGAGGAGAAGAGGGCCAGCAAAUCUGCAGUCACAGCCAUCUUCCCCACAGUCUCGCUGCUCUUCUCCUUCAGUCUCCAGCAGCAAACUCAUCUCCUCAUCCCAGAAACACAGCAAAAAAGCACUUAAGCAGGCUCUAAAACAGCAGCAGCAGAGGAAUCAGCGCCGCCAGUGUGCGAUCCCCACAGCCUCCAGCCCAAGACUUUUACUUAAAUCUGUGAAAAAUAUGACUGAUUCAGCACCCUCUAAAACUGCCUGGGAACUAAAACAGACCGAGCGUUGUCCUGCCAGUCCUCAGAACUCCACAUCUAGCUCCUCCUCCUCUGUCAAAGCAGACACGUGCCACACUGUCGCUUCCAGGAAGAUGUCUCAGCGUUCCAGUCGGCUCAAUGCCCGCCAGUUGAGACGAACCAAGUGUGAGAUUGACGUGGAGACGCCUGAUUCCAUCCUAGUCAACACUAAUCUACGGGCCAUAAUCAAUAAACACACAUUUUCCGUGUUGCCCUCCGAUUGUCAGCAGAAACUUCUGAAUUUACUGCCAGAGGUUGACCGGCAGUCAUGCAUUGAUGGAAUGCUGAGAAUAACUAGUUCUGCUUUGAACAACGAGUUUUUCACAUCAGCUGCACAAUCGUGGAAGGAAAGGCUAGCCGAAGGUGAAUUCACGCCAGAGCUACGACUAAGAAUGCGGCAAGAGUUUGAGAAGGAGAAGAAAGUGGAGUAUUGGAAAGAGCACUUCUUUGAAAAUUUCUACGGAGAGCAGUCUGGAUUAAGCCUUGAGGAAUCCAGAGAGCUGAUAGAGGACGAAAACAAUUCUACGCCAGCUAAAGACUCUCCCCAGCCUGGAAAAACAGAGUCUCGCACAGAAGCACAAAAGCCAAACCACACUGAUGAAGUCAUCCACAAGGAGCUGCGAUCCAGAGAGGUGAAAACCUCAGUGGCAAUAAGCCGUCCAGAACCAGAGUCCUCCCAUGCUGACCCAGGCAUGGAAAGUCAUUCAGCUUUUAAUAAGACGUCUUCCGACACGAAGACUGCAUCUGGGACACAGGAGGAAUCUACACCUCCUGCAGAAGAAGUGGUAGAACCAUUAACAUCAAGUGUAGAGGAAAAGGUGUCCAAGGGUAAAACGAAUAGCCCAACAUCUCCUCAAGAACCUAGCUGUAAAGGGAAGGAUACCAUAGAGAGUGAGUCAAUAAAGGCUGAGGGAGUUGUGUCACAAGUGUCUGAAGUUACCAGUGAGCCACUAAAGCGAAAACUCUCCAGCGAACAAGAGGUAGCAGAGAAGAAACCACGGCUUGCAGAUGGUACAGCUCCAGCGCCAACAGAAGCGCCACUGCCAGCAGGAACUUCAUUAACUGCACAACAGAAAGUGCCCCCUCUCAAAAUCCCUGUGUCACGAAUCCUGUCUGCCCCUGGAGCUUUAGGCCAAGUGUCUCCAAGGACCCCUCAUCCUUUGACACCACCCAGUAUCCGCCCAGGAUGCACCGGUGCACGCACCUUAGCCGACAUCAAAGCUAAAGCCAAACUAGCUCGGGAACAGCGAGCUGCGGCAGCUGCAGGAGCAAACACCGCACACAGAGGAUCCACUUCAGGACCUAGCUCCUCUGGAUGUACCUCCACACCCUCACUAGUCCAGUCUCUGUCAGAAGAGUUUUCACCAGCAAGCAGUAGAAGCCAAUCUGUAUCUCCAAUAAAGAUUAACUCUGCAUCUCCUGUCCCUGAGAACACUGGAGUUCUCUCACAAACAUCUCUUUCCUCAGGUGCUACUGGGCAGGUGGACCCUAGUUUUGUUCAAAGCUCCAGCACAAACCAAUUUUUUUCUAAAGAAAACAAGUCCUUUCUUGGUUCCCAGGGCACCCAGCAUGCAUCAAAUCCUCAUGUGAAGGAGCAUGGUGUUGUCCUCUCUGUUGGUGGAAUGCAGAUAUCGCCUUCAAAUAUGUUGCCAUUCAGUCAGAAAGCACAAGAGGGACCUUCUCCAGGGCCUUCAGUGAUCAAAACCAGCUUCUCAAUUCCUGCCAAUAAUCCACUGGUCGCUCAGCUCCUUCAAGGUAAAGAAGUUCCCCUGGAGAAGAUUCUUCCAAAAACACCUGCCAAGAUAAAUGCGCAGCAUUUGACUGCUGUAUCACAGGAUAAAGGCAACCAGGCUGUUAGGACAUCAGGGAUGGGAUUAGAGAAACCUGUAGACACACAGGAUUUUAGCAGAUCUAGAAUGUUGCAUUAUUCAAACAGACAUGGGAGCUGUGUGGACAAGUUGGACAAGAACACCCAGGAGCAGGUUCUCCAUGUUCUAAGACACAGAAGUCAGCAAGGCCGAAUCUCUCAGCCGUCCCAUUUGGAGCCCAGUCUGCUCGGCUAUCCAGAGAACUCUAAUGACCAACCGGGGUUUCGACUAGGCCUCAUUGGACGAAAAAGGGUGUCCAAACCUGCCAUGACAGGACACUAUUUACUAAAUAAUUCCACAUAUGGCAGAGGGUCUGAGAGCAGCAAACGACCUCAUCUGGCCAACCUAAAGAAGGAAAAUGUAGACGGAGAAGAGAAAGCCGGUCGUCAGACUUCUUUCAAAGGGCAUUCUAGCCUUUCUGGUGUUAAAGUUGAACAGCAAGGAUGUCGCAUCACAAGACCUGAUGAUCCGAACUGUCCUCAAACGAAUGUAGAGUCUCAGUCACGGAGUUGUUUGUCCAAUGAAGAAGAUGGUGGCACUUCAACAAGAACCAAAGAAAUAUCACCACGAUUGCACCUUGACAUCAGUAAACAGGGUAACUCAGGGCCACAUCAUUCGGGUGACUGUAAGCCACAAGUAACAUCCUUCCAAUCACAGAGGUCACAGGAUGGACAAGAAACGAUGACGGGUACUUUCUAUGGUGGCACUAUCAGCAUGUCAAUGCCUCACUCAAUAAAUCAUAGCGUUGCUGAUUCUGGUGCCUCUUCUACAGUUACUUGCGGUAAUGAGAACACCAGCGAGGGGAUGAUGUCAUUUUCCGUGACUGUCACUGCUAUACCUGCCGGUCGCCUUCUGGAUCAGGGCAAGCGUGAGUCCUCACCUGAGCAGGCCUUUAUAGAAGCUUCAGGAAUGGAGGACGUCCAGUCAAAAUGCUACUGUCGGCUAAAGGCCAUGAUCAUGUGUAAAGGAUGUGGGGCCUUCUGUCAUGACGACUGCAUUGGACCCUCCAAACUGUGUGUGUCCUGCUUGGUGGUACGAUAAUGGUCAUGAAGGCAAAAGGUGAUCUUAAAUUCAGAGUAAGUGCGAAGCCGUUCAAGCGAAUGGUUAAAAGGUCACUGUUUUGACGUGUCCAUAGGAGUUUAAUGCUGUUCAACUCUGGCUUUCCAGUUUGUGUACAUUUUGUACAUAAUUUGUGCAAUGUUAGAGUACAACUUCCUCUCGGUUUACUUACUGAAAACUGAGCACUUUGUUCUAGAUGCAAGUCUUCUUGAAUAGUGGCAAUAUAUACAGUAUCUCACGAAAGUGCGUACACCCUUCACAUUUCAGCAACCAUUUUAUUACAUGUUCUCAAGAGAAAAUUCUUUAGGCAGUAAAUCUAUACUGCUAUACAAGCUGCACAUUGACUACUCUAAAAUAUAUCCAAGUUAGAUUUCUAUCAAAUUGUCCCUUGAGAAGAUAUAAUAAAAUGGUUGCUG